AUGGCCCCCAAAUAUGAGUUGGAUCAAUUGGUGAAUUCCAUCUGCAAAUCAACUAGAGAUACUGAUGCUUCAAAGAUUCUCAAAGAAAUUGAAGAUAACAAUAGUUAUAUAACUGAAGUUCAAUUGAAAAGGUUACUCAAGCUGCAUGAUGGAUCAUUUAGAGAAAGUCUAACACCACUGCAAAAAUUGCAUGAUAAGUAUAAUGAGAUCGUAAUGAGACAAGGGGAUUUACAAAGCUGGGCAGAACUAAUAGACAGAGAUUUAAGAGUAUUAGAACUAACGAUGCAAUUAGCUAAAAGAAGAUGA